UUGACACCCUCAGGGCUACAUAUUGCACGCACAAUAUUUGGGCCAACUGUGUACGGUAAGGGUUUGAUCACAGCAGAGAAAAUCUUUAGCAGCGCCUACCAUGCAAUAACGGCCCUCCACGAACACAGCGAGCGAAAAAUGCUGAACAAGAUGUUCGAGUCAGAGGGACUAGAGAUAUCGGAAGAAGAGUGUCACAGCGAUGACAAAACUCACAAAACUUGGAACAAUAUUCCAAGAAAACUUCUUUCGCAAAUGGCACCAUUCCCUUUGAAAGGAAACACAACCACGGCGUCGCAAUUAGACGCCUCGAAUCCUUACAAAAGACGUUGCAACAGUCUCCUGAAAACCGCAGAUGGUAUUCUCAAUUACGGAAAAAAUUUGGAAGAGGGUACGGCAAACCUCUUUCCAUCCACCUCGAACCUGACGCCGUGGGGACGUACUACAUGCCUCACUCGUGGAAGCCCCACAAAAGUCCCGCUUAGAAUCGUUUCCGGCGCGUCAUCAAAAAGAAGGAAUAAGUUUCCCUCAAUGGACGUCAUUCACAAAGGAGAGUUCGAUUUAAUUAGACAAAAUACAUUUAUGUACUUUAUUUCAUCGCGCAAAGGAGUAUCCUACUUAACGCGUGCGACAUCCGAAGCUGCCCGUCCUAUUGCCAUCUCGGUGCCAUGA